GUUUUUUAGCUAGCAUGAAGCUUAGUGACGGACAGUGUUUUAAGUAGCUUUAAUGUUUGUUAUGUCGCGUCUCGUUCCACGAAGUACCUUCUUAAACUGCGUGUAUUUGACACACAUGUCUGUCAAGCUGGCAUAAUUGGCUCUAACCUCAACUAGUGAAACCAGAGGCUGUUGUGAUGUCGGAGUCUAAACCCCCUACUCCAACCCCAGGAGACACAUAUAAGGGUUGGCUCUUCAAAUGGACAAACUAUAUAAAAGGUUACCAGAGACGUUGGUUUGUUCUUAGCAAUGGACUGCUGUCUUACUAUAGAACCCAGGCAGAAAUGGGCCACACAUGUCGUGGCACCAUCAACUUGGCCACAGCUAAUAUCGCUGUGGAGGACUCGUGCAAUUUUGUCAUUUCCAAUGGUGGAGCACAGACCUAUCACUUAAAGGCUAGUUCCGAAGUGGAACGUCAGCGCUGGAUCACUGCUCUGGAACUUGCCAAGGCUAAAGCUGUCCGCAUGCAGGCUGAAUCUGAUGACUCCGGUGAUGAGUGCCCUGCUAUGCCCCCAACCUCUGGACAGGGUGGAGGGGGCCGUAACUCAGAAGUCCAGUCCACACUACGCACACUUGGCAGCAAAGUUGAAGACCUGACCACCUGCAAUGAUCUCAUUGUUAAACAUGGAUCUGCUCUCCAAAGGUCUUUGUCUGAGCUGGAGGGGCUUCGUGUCGGAGGUGACAUGGGCGAAAAGAUCAGACAAGUCACAGAGAGGGCAACACUGUUCCGAAUCACCUCUAAUGCCAUGAUCAAUGCAUGUCGAGACUUCCUGUCACUGGCCCAGAACCACAGUAAGCGCUGGCAGAAAGCCUUACAGGCUGAAAGAGACCAGAGGAUAAGACUGGAGGAGACACUGGAGCAGCUGGCCAAACAGCAUAACCACUUAGAAAGGGCUUUCAGAGGAGCUACAGUCCUGCCCUCUUCAUUCAGCAACCCUGCCUUAGCUAACAAAGGUGGUGUGUCAGGAAAAGGUGAUGCUAGUGAUGAAGAUGAUGACAAUGAGUUCUUUGAUGCUAUGGAAGAUCCAGCAGAGUUCAUUACUGUUCCUGCUGAUCCCAAGUAUCACAGGAGAUCUGGUAGCAACGUUAGUGGGAUCAGCAGUGAGACUGGAAUGGACGAUCAGUCUGUAAAUUUUGAUGAACUAUCUUUGGCAUCUAAUCCGGACUCUCCACAGUCCCUUGAGCUUGAGCCAGUUCGACAAAGACGAACUCGUAUCCCCGACAAACCUAAUUAUUACCUCAAUCUGUGGAGCAUCAUGAAGAACUGCAUUGGAAAGGAGCUCUCAAAGAUCCCAAUGCCUGUUAAUUUCAAUGAGCCUCUUUCAAUGUUGCAACGUUUGUCUGAAGAUCUGGAGUACUAUGAGCUGCUGGACAAGGCUGCGAAAUGUCAGAGCUCUCUGGAGCAGAUGUGUUACGUCGCUGCAUUCACAGUCUCGUCCUACUCUACUACUGUUCACCGCACAGGAAAACCUUUUAAUCCUUUGCUGGGCGAGACCUUUGAGCUUGAUCGGCUCAGAGAGUGUGGCUACCGCUCCCUCUGCGAACAAGUGAGUCACCAUCCACCUGCUGCAGCUCACCAUGCUGCCUCUGAAAAGGGUUGGAGCCUCAGACAAGAAAUUACUCUGGCUAGCAAGUUUAGAGGAAAAUAUCUGUCCAUCAUGCCCCUCGGUUCAAUCCAAUGUCUGUUUGAGAAAAGCAACAAUCACUACUCAUGGAAGAAAGUUACUACAACAGUACACAAUAUUAUUGUUGGAAAAUUGUGGAUCGACCAGUCAGGGGAGAUAGAUGUGGUGAACCACCGGACAGGAGACCGCUGUCACCUCAAAUUCGCACCUUACAGUUACUUCUCCAGAGAUGUACCCAGAAAGGUAACAGGAGUGGUGACAGAUAAGGAUGGGAAAGCCCAUUACGUGUUGUCAGGAACCUGGGAUGAGAAGAUGGAGUUUAGCAGGGUAAUGCAGAGCAGUAAAGGUGAAAACGGCACUGAAGGCAAACAGAGGACUGUGUAUCAGACGCUCAAAGCCAAAGAAAUCUGGAAAAAGAACCCAUUACCAGAGGGGGCAGAGAACAUGUAUUACUUUUCCUCACUUGCAUUAACACUGAAUGAACCCGAAGAGGGAAUAGCACCGACAGACAGCAGGCGGCGGCCGGACCAGCGGUUAAUGGAGGACGGACGAUGGGAUGAGGCCAAUGCAGAGAAACAGCGGCUAGAAGAAAAACAGCGAACCGCCCGUCGAGAAAGGGAGAGGGAGGCUGUGAAGGCUGUCAACUCACCUGAGGAAGCUGUCACUGAGGAUUCAAUCAAUGACUCUGCCCUGAAAACUGAUGCAGGGGAGGCUGGCACACAAGCAAGUGAGGUUUCUGAUGAAACUGACACAGAGGACUCACCCCCUCACACUCCGGUUGCAUCCCCUUAUGGACCAUCACUCCUCCCUUACUUAAUGGAAGGCAAGGAAGGUCCUUAUGGAACGCCAGUGAAAAGCGCCCACCCUGAUAAUUACCAAGCAUUGUGGUUCGAGAAGCUCGACGAUCCUGUAUCCGGAGAGACCCUACAUGUCUACAAAGGAGGCUACUGGGAGGCGAAGGACCAGGGCAACUGGGACAUGUGCCCUGACAUCUUCUGAUCACUGGCAGGACAAGUCCAACAUAACCAAAUGAGAAGACGGUGAGAAGCGGCCCACCACCUCGACGACAACACAAGCAAAGAAGCAAGUCCAACAGCCGCUUAGCUUCAUCUCUUCACCUUCUUUCCUGUUCCAGCUGUGGUUUUCUCAGACCCAAAGGGACCGGGCUUCACUCUGAACAUAAACACAAUGCACAUGUAGCAUUGUAGUAAUAUUACAGCUGGUUAGUGGUCGGACUUUGUUGUCACUGCCUCGCGGACACUGAUGUUUUUUUAUCGGUGUCAUUGCUGUUUCUUUCAGCCCAGGGUUUUAUGGUACAGCCUUCAUUAUGUAACAGGUUGCUCCACCCUUUUUAAUUCAUCCCAAAUAUACAAAUUUUGCUUUAAUAGAGAGACCGUCUAUUUAAUUUAUAAUUUACGUGUUUGUUUUUGUGGGACAUUCCUGCGUAGGAUUUUUUUUUUUCUUGCCCUAGACGCUAUUAAAAAUCCAAAUGAAUCAACACCCGACAGUUUUUAGUUCAUUACAGAUUAAAAGUAAAUCUGUUCAACUACUUUUAGAGCACAUGGGAGGUAUCAAUUACACAGGUGUGAGUGGCUUAAAAAAAAAAUAUGUAUAAUAUAUGAAUUGUUGUUAAUGUUCUCGAUUUGUACAAUUAUUUUUGACAAGUAAAGCAUAUGAAAAGUCACAAACAAAGGUGUGAUUCAGAGUUUGCCUUUGAUAUUAUGAUGAUUUACGGUGCUACAUUAUUCCUUUAGCUAAAAUUAUUUAUCACAAACUGAUUUUCACAACAGCCUUUUUUUCCUUCUUGCAAUAUCAAAAGCUGUGAUUUUAUUUGGGCAUUUAGAUUAUUCAUGCAAAUUGUUUCUAGAAGAUGGCAAAUUGGAAGAAGGAAAUUACAGCUUUAUUAUAUGAUUGAAAGCACAGCCAAGUUGUUUGUAUUUUUGGUUUUUUUUUUUGUUUUUCUUUCAGUCUGUUAACAUCUUCUACUUCUACUCACUAUAACGUACAUGAUGGGAUUUCAGUGUGCAGUGCAGGCUUUGUAGGAGAAUAUACAUAAUACUUUUACCAAACAGUUGUCUUUGUACACCAAUAGCAAUAUUGCUAACACAAAGACCAGAACAUUAGUUUACUCUAUUUAAGAUAAAAAGCUUGUAUGCCCAAGAAAUUUCAGACUCCAAUCAUUGUUUCUGCUUUUACUCACACCUGGAUCAACUACUUUAGUUCCUCUUCACAACAGAGCAUCACUAUUACUUCUGGCUUGGUACUAAGUAGGGAUGUUAGGAGGUGAGGUCUUGCGUCUUCCCGGUUUAACUUCUCAAUCUUAGCUUUAUUCUAGAUUUUAGUCCUUGUGUGCUGCAGUCGUACAUUUCUAACAGCAAUAAGAGUGCCUCUGUGUGAUUACAUGUGGCGCAAUAUGAGAUGAGAGACAGUAGAAAAACUUCAAACAUUGUCCUUGUAUUGUCGGAAAACUGGAAAAAAGAAAUCUACAUUUAACUUUACAUUCAAGUGUACUUAAACGGAGAACACUGAAAUGGAGUGAAGACAUGUUGAAAAUUUUUCUGUGUAAAUAUAUGAAGUAGUAAUUAAUUAAUAUGUGUGAUAUUAACUGGUAGUGUUGAGAGAGAAUCUAAUGCACUUUUUUCUUUGUUUACUCAACUGGAUUCAUUGUCUGAACUCAGUGUCGAGUCACCUUCUAUCAACUAGUUCUGCUUUCAAUUCUAAGUUAUAUUUCCAUCUCCUGCUCAGAGUUGAAAUGCAUAUAUACAAAGAGUGUGGGUGGGGAUUUAACAUCUUUACUACACUACAGAACAAGUUUACAGGUUCUGUCUGUCCUGUUUUGUUUUUUAAUAUAUAUAAUCUUGAUUUUAGACAUUGGUUUUAAAUGUGUAGCACAAUUUUUCUGUUUUUUUUUUUUCUUUCUUUCCAUUAGUUGUUUGCUUUUUUCUGUUUUUUUGGUGAUGUUUACCCUACACUAUGAGGAUUGUUUCUAUUCUGCAACAACUUGUCAUAAUUCCUAAAUAAGGUGAUUAAUAACCUAAUACUGCACUUUAGUACAGUACAUACAGUCUUUUGUUGUCAUUGCAGGUAAAGCAAAGGUGGAAUUGUAUUUAUGAUGACUGCAUUCUAUUUAGAUGCAGUUUUCCAGUAUUGUGUAACUUUACCAAUAGGCGUGGCCUGCUGGGAAACUAAUUCUAUAGAACUGACAUUGUUAUUAACUUCCACCUGUCCUGUGUGUGUUGUGACAACUCAGAAGUCUGGCCUAAAAAAAAAGUUAUAACACAUACCCCUAUUUUAUUUGUGUGAUAAAGAGUUGAUUUAUUAUUAUAUAUGUCAGAGAUUUGUCUACAUUUUUCUAAACCUGUAUUCAGUCAUGGCUGACACAUAUGUAAGUAAAAACAUACAUAUGUACUGACUUACUGUUCUGAUCAUAUGUUUGACUGUUUGUCCUUCAAUGCAGUGUUUUUUUAGCAGGUUCAUGUUAGAGUCUGGAAGUAUUAAAAGGCUGAAUGGAAAUGAAA